AUGGCCACCCUCCGCGUUCUGUCAUUCGAUACUGAGAGCCGCCCGAUUCAGUUUGAGAGCUGGCUCGAUGACCUGCAGCUGUUCCUACUGAGCGAUAGCAAGGACAAUGUCUCUCUCUUUGACCACACGUCUGGUGCCUCAGUCGCUCCUGCUGCCACAGCUGAGCUUAGCGCCCGUUCCCAGUGGCAAACUCAUGACGCUGCUGCUCGCCUAGCCGUUCGCAGCCACCUGCCGUUAGCCGAACUCCCGCAUUUUGGCGAACACAAAACCGCUAAGGCUCUGGACCACUUUCUCGCUCGGUGUCCCACCGAUCUCACUGUCGACCUCCUAGAGGAGCACCUUCUAGCCGCCGAGACUGGCUUGAUCACUGUAGGUGCUGCUCGUGGCGCUCCUCGCACCCCCAUCUUUGAGGGGUGCUCUCCCUCUCCCCUCGCCCCCUCCUACGCUACUGCCGCUGCUGAGGUGGAGAAGGAGGAGGUGGCGGAGGGAGUGGUGGCGGGAAUGCUGGCGGGAGUGGUGGCGUCGGUGGCGGCGGUGGGAGUGGAGGUGGAAGUGGUGGCGGCGGAGGGGGUGGCGGCGGCGAUGGCGGCGGCGGUGGCGGUCGGAGCGGCAGUGGCGGUGGCGGUCGAGGCAGAGGCGCUGGCGCUGGCCAGAGACAGCAGCAGCAGUAGCGUCCCCGUGAGACUCUUACGCCCCAGCAGCUUCGUGAGUGGCUUGCUCAGCGUGGGACGUCUGGGGGUAGUGGUCGUGCUUCCCGCUGCUUCUUUCGUGACAGUACUGCACCCACACCACUCACUGCACCUGUUGCAGUCUCUCUGGCUGACCCCUCAAGGGGCCGAGUUCUUGCAUGCAUGUGGCGAUCUGUACGUGCUCCCGGACCGGCCGCCACCUGGCCACCUUUACCCGUCGGCCAGGGUCGAGUCUUUACACACUGACGACUACGCCUCCUCAGGUAGUUGCAACUGGUAUCUCCCUCCCCUCCCUCCCUCGCCUGCGCCGCCCUGCCUUCCUUGUGUCGAGGAGCAGCAGCGUGCCGCUCCUCACUCCUCCUCGUUUCCCCCGACAGAGGCUCGCCUGCAGACCCUCCACAUGGACGUGUGGGGCCCAGCCUGCGUUCGUGGACAGGGCGGCGAGUGGUACUUUCUGCUGGUUGUCAACGACUACCCGCUCCGGUACGUCGCACAGCAGCUCAACCUCUGGCCCCGUGUCUCCUUGCCGGAGACCUCGCCCACACUGCGUUGGACGGGAGAAGUUGGCGAUGUGUCGGUGUUCCGGGUCUGGGGAGUUUGUGCCCUUGUCCGCGAUACGUCCGCGGUCAAGCUCUCCUCCCGCACCAUUCCCCCCUGUGUCUUCUUCGGUUUCCCCCCUGAUGCGCCUGGCUGGCAGUUUUACCACCCCACCUCGCGCAGUGUUCUGUCCUCUCAGUACGUCACCUUUGAUGAGAUGGUUCCUUUCGACCAUCGCUUCCCCUACCGCACUGCCCCUCUCCCUCCUCCGCCGCUUUUCCUCGCUCCAGGUCCCCCUCCGAUAGACCCCCUCCCCACUCAGGGUCCUGCUCCUUCGGGUGUGUCUCAAGAGGACCCACUCCCCUUGGCUAAGCCUGUAGAGGUCACUAGCAACUCAGGUGCUGCUGCGGGUGGUGCUGCUUAG